AUGGAGCACGAUCGUGCAAAGGGCAAACACAAAAAUGCCGAACAGAAGGAGGACAAUGACGAGCACUCCUCCGAAACCAAGCAAACCACUCCCAAAACAACAAUGACCAUAGUCAAAAGAACCAACCCCUUCACAAAAUCAGUUAUGAAUUUCAAAAUGCCCGAGAACCUCACCCUACCAUCAACCCUAAAACCUUACCAGGGAAUAGGAGACCCAAAUGUCCAUGUAACCAAAUUUUAUACCAUGAUGUUCAUGAAUAAAGAAUCCGACCCCAUCCUAUGCCGAACCUUUCCAACCUUCUUAGACGGAGCCGCACUCAUCUGGUUUUCCAACUUACCUGAAAGCUCCAUUUCAAGUUUUGACGAGUUAGCCGACCAGUUCAUCAACCACUUCGCUGCCUCAAAAAUCUAUGUCCACAACUCAGACUACCUGAGCACAAUCAAACAGGGACCAAAUGAAAGCCUGAAGGACUACAUGACCAGAUUCGCGGAAGCAACUAAUGAGAUACCCAACGUGAAUCCCGAAGUCCAUCUCCACGCUCUCAAGAGUGGCCUCCGUCCUGGGAAAUUCCAAGAGUCCAUCGUCAUAGCAAUGCCCAAAACCCUGGCCGAGUUCCGAGAAAAGGCAACAACCCAAAUCGAGGUGGAAAAAUUCCGAGCACUCAGGAGGGCGGAAAAACCCACCCCAAACAGAGAAGAAGACAGACGAAGCAGGCAUCCAAUCAGCAGGACAGACCAAAGGCCGUUCAGACUAACACCUAAGUUUGACACAUACACUCCUUUUAACACAAAAAGAGAAAACAUAGUAAAAGAUAUACUACACUCUAAACUCAUCAAACCCCCAAGCAGAGCCGGUACCUACCAGGACCAGAGGCACGUGGACAAAUCCAAAUACUGUGCUUUCCAUCAAAAGUACGGCCAUACAACAGACGAUUGCGUGAUAGCAAAAGACGUACUCAAAAAAUUAGCACGCCAAGGAUUGCUAGACAAAUACAUCGACACACGAAGUCGAAGGAAAAACACUGAAGACCUCAACCACCAACAAAAAACGAUCGACGACCCCCGAGACAAGGGGCGAAAGGUAGACAAUGACAACAAUCUACCCCACCGAAUAAUAAAUUGUAUUUCUGGUGGUUUUGCAGGUGGAGGAUGCACGAACUCGGCACGAAAAAGGUCAUACCGAGCCAUGAUGACCAUGACAGAAUCAACAAUACCUCGGCCAACUAACUCGGACAAGCCUGGAAUAUCAUUCAACCCCGAGGAUUACAAGGCUGCUGACCGAAACCUAGACGACCCCGUAGUCAUCACCGCACAAGUCGGAGAGCCCCUGGUAAAAAAGAUCCUCAUGGAUCCGGGGAGCAGCGCCGACGUAUUGUUCUACUCAACGUUCCAAAAGAUGAACCUCAGUGACAAACUCCUGCAACCGUCAUCCGGAGAAUUGGUGGGUUUCUCAGGUGAGCGGGUCUCUAUCCGAGGUUACAUUUGGUUAAAAACUACUUUUGGGGAUUAUCCCAACAGCAAAACUUUAGAAAUACAAUACUUGGUAGUGGAUUGCAAAAGUCCCUAUAACAUUAUUUUAGGCAGACCAUCGUUGAACGCAUUCAAGGCUGUUGUUUCCACUGUAUAUUUGUGUGUCAAGUUUAUUUCACAGGACAACAAAGUAGUGACAAUCCAUAGAGACCAGAAGGAGGCCAGCCAAUGCUAUAACGCCAGUUUAAAAAACGAACAACCAAAACACCUCGACCAGCAAUACGUCCAAGCAGUGUAUAACUCGGAUCAGUUACCUCCUCUGGCAGUCUUAGACCCAAGAACAAAUAACUAG